ACUGCACUUGUUCACUCACUGCUUUUUCCUUUCUCAUGCUGCAAUUCCUAUAUAUACAUGCUUCUCUUCUCGUCUCUUCUCACCACAAACAAAUAAUUCUAUUCUCUUAUGGACAAUAACGAAGAAAUCCCUUCAACACCUGCCACACCAGGCACUCCAGGUGCACCUCUCUUUGGAGGUUUCAAUGCCACCAAUAGGUCUAAUAAUGGUAACAAGAACUCUCUUCUCAAGAGUGGUAGAUGUUUCAUUGAGACCUUCAUUCUCAUGUUGGCCACCACUGCCGCCGUCAUUGUCAACCAGAAGACAAACGGCUCCGAGACCCUCAUAGGCUGUGCUGCCACCACUGGUCUCGCCGUUAUGAUCGUCAUCCUUGCCACUGGCCAUAUCUCCGGUGCUCAUCUCAACCCGGCUGUCACUCUUUCCUUUGCUGCAUUGAAGCAUUUUCCAUGGAAGCAUGUGCCUAUGUAUAUUGGUGCACAAGUUUUGGCAUCUAUUUGUGCUGCAUUUGCUCUAAAAGGGGUUUAUCAUCCUUUCAUGAGUGGUGGAGUCACGGUUCCUUCCGGAGGAUAUGGCCAAUCUUUUGCUUUGGAAUUCAUUAUUGCUUUCAAUCUCAUGUUUGUUGUCACUGCAGUUGCCACCGACACUAGAGCUGUUGGAGAACUCGCGGGAAUCGCGGUAGGAGCCACUGUCAUGCUCAACAUACUUAUAGCAGGGCCAGUAUCAGGCGGCUCAAUGAACCCAGUAAGAACAUUAGGUCCUGCUAUUGCAGCAAACAACUACAAAGCUAUAUGGGUUUAUCUGAUAGCUCCCGUACUUGGAGCUCUAGCCGGUGCAGGUACUUACACUGCAGUGAAGCUGCCUGAAGAAGACGAUGAUGCCAAAGCAAAAGCUUCAAUAAGCUUCAGAAGGUGA